AUGAUUCUCUUCACCUAUGAAAGAGAAGAAGAGUGUGACACUAUAAUAGAUGAUCUGAAGAAAGAUCCUGUUCUGGAGAAGCUGCUGGAGAAAUGUGGAAGAAGAUAUCAGACCUGCAACAAGAUGAUGAACAACCAAUCAGAGCUGAGACGACUGAUGAACAAGAUUCAGCUUCUGUUUAAUGAGAAUAAACAGUGUUACACUGGAGAGAUACAAGAGACAGAAGAGCCGCAACAGAAGAGUGAUUGUGAAAGUGAUAAAGAUUCAAUCAUCAGAGGAAGCUGUGAGACCACCAAACAAACAGAGACAGAGGAAACACACAUGGAUAAUGAACAGCUUGGAGAAGAAGCAAGCAGCUCCAAACCUGAAGAUCAAGCAGAUCUAAGUAAAACACCACCACUGUCUGACUCGGAUUCAUCACUUAGCAGCCUGGAUAUCUUAUUGCCCAAUCUAUCUGUUGUGUUAUUUGGAAACUCUGUAUCAGUCCAGUUUGGAAAUGAAAACCUUCUAUUUGGAGAAAAACAGACGAAUAUGAAAAAUGCAGAAAUAUCCAGGAUUGUUCCUUUACAGAGGAAGAUAUCUGAACGUCAUGUCUCUGUGAUCGACACGAUUGACUUACAUGAGGCUGAACACACGAAUCAUCUCAUUGAUCAACUAGUGAAUGAAAAUGAAAUCCAUGCCUUCAUCUUUGUUGUGCGACUGGGCCAGUUUACUGAUGUUAAGAUGGGUCUUGAGUGGCUUCAGAGAGUGUUUGGUAACAAAGUUCUUCAGUUUGCAAUGAUUCUCUUCACCUAUGAAAGAGAAGAAGAGUGUGACACAAUAAAAGAUGAUCUGAAGAAAAACCCUGUUCUGGAGAAGCUGCUGGAGAAAUGUGGAGGAAGAUAUCAGACCUGCAACAAGAUGAUGAACAACCAAUCAGAGAUAAGACGCCUGAUGAACAAGAUUGACUAUUUGUUUAAUGAGAAUAAACAGUGUUACACUGGAGAGAUACGAGAGACAGAAGAUCCGCAACAGAAGAUUGAUUGUGAAAGUGGUGAGAAAAACAGAUUCUUCAGUGAUAUUUUCCAUGUUUUGUUGAGACUGUUUUCUAACAUAAUAUUAUUAACUAAUUUAUAA